UGAGGUGUUUUAACAGUUGCUUGCUCUGCAGACAGAGGAUAGAAGGGCGGAGCACUCCAGACACUAUGCAGUUGUCCUGGCAUCCACGGAGGUUAGCUCUGUAUUGUUCCACGUUACUCUUAAUCUUUUCAACAUGCCAAGCAUAUAUUGCCACCAGAGACAACUGCUGCAUUUUAGAUGAGCGAUUUGGUAGCUACUGCCCAACUACGUGCGGGAUUGCAGAUUUCUUAAACAAAUACCAAAACACCAUAGACCGGGACCUACGGCAUAUGGAAGAUGCCUUAAAAGAUAUUGAUAAUAAGACAUCAGAAUCCAAACUGCUGAUCCAGAAAAUCCAAGUCAGCCAGAAUUCUGACACAAGACCUCAAAAUGUGAUCAAUGAUGUGACUCAGAAGUCAAGGAAGAUGAUUGAUGAAAUUAUGAAAUAUGAAGCAAUGGUUAUCACACAUGAAAACAGUAUUAAGUAUUUGCAAGAUAUCUUGGUUUCAAACAACCACAAGAUUCUUCAGUUGAAACAAAAAGCAAUUGAACUUGAAGCGAAAUGUCAGGAGCCUUGUAAAGAUUCAGUUCAAAUACAAGAAACCACUGGAAAGGAUUGUCAAGACAUUGCAAACAAAGGGGCCUCAGUAAGUGGCCUUUACUUUGUCAAGCCAUUCCAAGCUAAGACACAGUUCUUGGUCUACUGUGAAAUAGAUUCAGCAGGCAAUGGAUGGACCGUACUUCAGAAGAGAUUGGAUGGGAGCCUGGAUUUCAAGAAAAACUGGAUUCAAUAUAAGGAAGGAUUUGGACAUUUGUCUCCAACUGGCAACACAGAAUUUUGGCUGGGAAAUGAAAAGAUUCACCUUCUAAGCUCCCAGACUACAAUUCCAUAUGUAUUAAGAAUAGAAUUGGAAGACUGGAGUGGCAAAACCAGCACGGCUGACUACUCCAUGUUUAAGGUGAUGCCUGAAUCUGACAAGUACCGGCUGACCUAUAGCCACUUCCUUGGAGGAGAUGCAGGAGAUGCCUUUGGCGGCUUUGAUUUUGGUGAUGAUCCAAGUGACAAGUUUUUCACCUCCCAUGCUGGCAUGCAGUUCAGUACCUGGGAUAAUGACAAUGAUAAGUUUGAGGGCAACUGUGCUGAACAGGAUGGGUCUGGCUGGUGGAUGAACAAAUGUCAUGCAGGCCACCUCAAUGGUGUUUACUACCAAGGGGGCACUUACUCAAAAUCAUCAACUCCCCGUGGCUAUGAUAAUGGCAUUAUCUGGGCUACCUGGAAGUCAAGGUGGUACUCUAUGAAGAAAACUACCAUGAAGAUUAUUCCAUUCAACAGACUUUCAAUAGAUGGCCAGCAACAUCACUUGGGAGGAUCCAAACAGGUUGGAGACAUUUAAAAGGAUGUUACAAACAUGGCCAACACUUUAAAGGAUUUUUAUCUGAACAGAGACAUGUUGUUUUAUCAAUGGGAGAGCGGAUUUGUUAUGCCACACAUACUUCACUUUCUCAGUAUUGAUCUCCAGGAUUGGAACCAUCACAAACAACUUUGUACAUGUGAUAAUUUAUCUCUGUGCCAUUUCAAUUAAAAAAAUUUCAUAUCUAUGACCAAAUGCCCUGUGCCAUUACUUAGUCCUUAACCAAAACCAAAGGCAUCUCACAUGUAAGGAUAUAGUUGGCACUCAUACUAUAGGAUGGGCAUUUCACAAAACAUUAGGUACAGUUGUAGAAGAAGGACAAGACAUAAUUCCUGACUUCAAGAGAGUGGACAACGAGCUGGGAUACAAGUUCAAUGAAACUAAAUACCAGUAAUCAGAAGUAACAGAAAUGUAAGACCCAUUUAGCCAAAAACACAAGUCACAAAGUCUUAGAGAGCUUUAUAAACAUAAGCAGCUACUUUUAUUCCAAGAAAUGAGUGACAAGGAAACAUAGUGUGUGGUGUUCCAAAAGUGUGCAUUUUAAAGCUAUUAAUGCUUUAAAUUGCACUAAAAUUUUUGGGACACUCAUAUUUAAAAUGUUGUGAACAUUUAUGUUACGCCUGGAUUUCAAUAUUUCAUUCUACAUUCUCUAUUACUGUUGACUACGAGACUGUAAGCUCCAUGAGAGCAGGGACAGUGGGAUUUUUUUUUAUGUAUCUAAAAUGUGUUUCUCCCCAACAUAGUAACCUUACAUACAGUAGGGGCUUAAUAAAUAUUUCGGGCAUUGAAUUCAA